CCCUGCGAUGCCACCGGGAGUCGGAGUGCCAUCAGCCACGUCCCUGCCUUCGUCUCCAUUCCCUGCAAUGGAGCUGAGUCGGGUGCACCCGCAGGGAUGGGGCACCCACGGCCGCUCCGGGCAGCAGUGCCAGGGCCUCAGCUCCCCCUGGGAUGAACUUCCCUGACCUCGAAUCCCAAUCCCCCUCUUCACGUUAAAACCAUUCCCUUGGUCCCAUCGCCACCCGGACACGUAGAAAGUUCAUUUCCACCAUGUUUAUCAUCUCCACUGAGACAACGGAAGGCCACAGCGAGCAGCCACAGCAAGUGCUGGGGACGGGGCAGGCGCAGAGCCGUGCUGUGACAGUGUCACAGAGAGCUCUUGUGAGCUCAGGGAGAGGGGCUGAGCUCAGCGGUCACGGAAGCCCCCGCUGCCACUCUCGAGCUCCCUUGGCAGAGAGAAUCCCUUCACGGACGCUGACGGUGCUUCCGACACCCGACGCCGCUUUCUUUGGAUCGUUUGUGGCGCCACCGGCCUGCUGCAAUACAGCCCACCUUUGGCAACGCAGCAGCGCUGGUGACACCGCAACCCCUCUACGUCCCCGCUGUCACCUCCGUGGUGCCUCAGGUCUGGCCUGGGGUGCCCCGUGUCCGGGGACAGGGAGCGCAGCUCCCACCCGGGGGGCCGCCUCCAUCUGUGCGUCAGCUCCCACCUUGGGGGCUGCACCCAGGGACGGCUCCCCCCGCGGCCCCUGCCCACCGCUGGGGACAUCCCCUGCAGGCAGGGACACCGCAGCCCCCGCAGCCGAUGGGGCUGUGGCCUGGGGCCGUGUUCCACGCGCAGCCCCCGCAGCCCGCAGGCGGCUGCCCGCUGCAGGACCCCCAUCGCCGCGUCCUUCCGCCGGCACCUCCAGCGCAGCAGCAGGGGCUCCCCGCGCCCUGCACCCUGCCCGCCAGCUGGCAGCAGGCGCCAGGGCCCUUUGCAGAUGCCGUGGUGCUCACGGAGGGCCAGGGGCACCCGGCGCCCACCCACGCGUGCCCCCAACCCACCGUGGCUCCGCUCGGCUGCAGCGGCGCGGCGCUGGACUCAGGUGCGGCGACAGCGAGCGCAGACGUGGCGGAGGACGUUGCUGAUCUGCUCCCGUGGAUCAGCGAACUGACAUCCAACGCAGGCAUCCCGGUCGACACCUCGGAGAUCGACGAUGUGCUGGCGUGGCUCAGCAACGAAGGGACCCCCAGCUCAGCCGUUCCAGGGGACAAGGAGGACAUCGACAGUCUGCUCACCUGGAUCGCUGAAGCGUCGAGUUGCCCGGAGGUCCCCCAGCCGCCACUGCCAGCCGUCCCCAGCAGCCUCAGCACCUCUCCUGCCAUCGGAGCGGCCCCCGACCUUCCCACGAGCGGCAGGCAGCUCAGCAGAGAGGCGCAGGCUGUCGCCGGGCCCCUCGGGGAGCCGUGCUCAGGGCAGCCGGCAUCCUCUGAGUCUCGGCUCCGCGAGCACCUGAUGGAGGAGGCGCGGCAGAGGCAGCCCCGGGUGCUUCUCAGCCGCCUGGCGCUGCCGACCCGCCUGGACGCUCGCGUGCCUCCUUCGGCCCAGACCGCAUGGCUGAUGGAGGAGGCGAAGCAGAGGCAGCCCCGGGUGCUUCUCGCCCGCCUGGCGCUGCCGCCCGGCUGCACCUCCUGCCGCGUGCCGGACAGCCGCCGCCAGGGUGGCACCGAGCCGGCCGAGUGCCCGGCGCCCGCCCGCAGCGCCAGGAAAGGCAGGAGCAGAGGGCGCGAGCAGCGCAAGGACGGCGUCCCGGCCGGGAAGAGGAAGCCGCCCCCGGGCCAGGACGCUCCGCGGCAGAAACGGCGGCGCUAGGCGAGGCCGGCCGGGCUCAGCCUCAGCGGGAGCGGCUGCGGAAAGCGGCCCGCAAAGAAGGCGCAGCUGAGGCGCGGCCACGGCCCGCAAAUGAGGCUCCCUGCAGCCCCGGGCUCCUCGCCGGCCCCUGCGGCACAGAGAGCAGCGGCGGUGCUCCAGGGGCACCGGCACCGGCCCCAGCGCUGCCCCUCCAAACCUGGGCUGUCCACCGACGUCAUCUUGGACUGCUCCAUUAUCUGACACGAUGUUCAAUUAGGUUACACUGCAUUAAAUUAUUAAAGGUUUUAUAUUCACUUUC